AAAAGUCUCUUCUUUUCUUCUCUCUAUAUAUAUCUAAACUUCAGAAUUUUAUCAAACAAACAAAAAAGUACUUAAAUUAUAUAAUGGGGAGACAUGAAGAAGAUCCAAUCCCUCCAAAUCCUAAUUUAUACCCUGAAGAACUUCAACUUAAAUUAUAUCAAGCUUUUAUUUUUUCAAUCCCAAUUUUAUUUUCCAUAAUUUUAUUUCUACUUUUUUAUCUUUUUUAUCUUAAGAGAAGAGCCAACAAUAAUAUGUCAGUACAUCCCCCAAGACUACAACAAUCAGCUCAUCACUCUGUCUCUUUCCUUUCCCCACCAUGGAGUCUGGGGAUCAAAGGAGAAAUGAAAGACAAGCUUCAAGCAGUUGAGUUUGAUGAAGAAUUAAAGGCACGAGAUUCACUAUGUUGCGUUUGCUUGGGAGAGUUUGAGUUGAAAGAGGAGCUAAGGCAAUUACCAUUGUGCAAACACAUAUUUCACGGUGAUUGCAUCCGCCAUUGGCUUCGAACCAACGCUACGUGUCCCCUAUGUAGGUGCGCCGUGCUACCUGCACUAAAGAUGGACCGUCCUUCUGGUCUUGAGCCAGACAUUACAAGUCACGAAAAUGAUAACAUAGCCCCGCAGGCGCAGCAUGAACAAGAAAAUGUUGAACGUAGUACUAGUAGCUUAGACAUGCACAAUUCUUCGAGAUCAGGAGAACAUGUAAUCCAAAUUGUUGACGAGCCAUCUUCGAGUAGUAACAAUACUUAAUAAAAGACGUCUAAUGCUUAAAGGCUAAAGCAAACAAGUUUUGAGUAAAUACCAUAAACUAACGAAAUUAUUAUAAAGUUAUCAUCCAAGUCAGUACGUACGUGGUGUAGGAAUGUUCCUCGAGAUGUAGAAAAAAAUCCAAUCUCAAGCAUUGAACAUCCGAUGGUCAAUUGGAUAAGUCAUGGUGAUAUAUGUUGCGGAUGUAUAUA